CUAUCGCAACUCUUGACGGUGCUGUUUGUGGCUGGCCGCAUCACGUUUCGACCCUUUGGGCCCUGUGCUCAACAACUAAAUAAGACAAAACUCACCGUGACCCUCGCUAAUGUUCAAGAACAAUCCUGCCCCCAUCGCCAGUGGCUCAUACACACAGCCUGUGUACGUGUCUGAUAGAGAUGGAGGAGGGGCAGCGAGGGGGGGGGGGCCGUUCCGAGCUCUGGGUGCUCGCGAGAGAAUGAAGGAAGGGGUGGGGUGAGGUCGUUGGUGCGUGGGUAGAGGUGGGACAAUGCAUCGCUGCCUCGAAGUUUUUAAAACAAAACAACCACCCCCUCCCCCUCUCCACCGCACCUCUGCAUUGUCUCACGGCGGUCGAACUCUCUUCUCUCUCUCGUUCGAUCGCCCGCCCGCCUGCCCCUGGCGUCUUCCACGUUAAGCGACGUCUCAAGAGGCAACAGAUUUUGUCGAUCGAGGCUUCUUGGUCUCCCUGCUGCGGCGGGAGUGGGUGAGGUUGCAUCUGGAAGACAUGACUCCUGAAGGGAGAGCGAUCGUUGCGCUGUGCGUGGCGAGCGCCGCUAUCGGCAUUGCCGCCUCCUCAACUCCGCUGGCCCAGCAGGCCUCGUCAGGUGAUGGCGGCUGCCGGCCAGGAUUCGCCAUGGGCCACGUUUGUGCGGACAUCCCGGAGCGUGUUCCGCCAGGCCACGCGAUCCUCACCCUCCCGUUCCGAUCGUGCGGCGGCAUGCCGGCGCCGACGUUCGCGGUGAGGCCGCGCUCCCUGCGCGUGACCUCUCGCGGGGUGCUCGUGACGUCGCGACCUCUGACCCUGGCCGCGGGGUCGGAGCUUCACGUGGCCGUGAGGGCGCGCGGCAUUCGCGGUGGCAGAACGCGGAGGAGCGAAGCGCAGAUUCUUGUGCGGCGCCACGCUCAGGACGGUGCGUCGUCGUCUCGGUGCCCGAGCCGCGUUCGUCGCGAGUGGACAGCUCCCAAUCCUCACAUCGACGAGAACGAUCCCGGCCCCUACCCGGUCUUGGUCACCGUGUACACGUCGGACAAGCAGAAGGCACACAAGUACAUGCUCACGGGCCCUGGCGCGGAUGAGGAUCCCGUGGGGCUGUUCUACCUGGACGGCCAUGGACGGAUAUACUUGAAGGAAGCUGUGGACCGUGAGACGCUCAACGUUUACCAAAUGUUUGUGCACGCGUACGACGAGCAGGGCCAGGAAGUUGAGAAUCCUGCCAAGAUAACGGUAAUGGUGACCGACGUCAAUGACGAGACUCCGCAGUUUGUGGAGAAAAACUUCACGGGAACGGUGCUGGAGAACCAGCCAGCCGGCACGACUGUGAUGAAGAUAGAGGCGACAGAUGGAGAUGAUCCAGCUACAGACCACGUCAUCAUCAUAUACACCAUCAUCUCCCAGAAACCACCCGUGCCCAAAGCGUUCACUAUCGACAGGAGCAGUGGCAGCAUCACUACCCUGAUAAAACUGGACAGAGAGGCUGUGAGUCAGUUCCUGCUGGAAGUGAACGCCAGGGACUGCAACGGCUCCCCCAAAGGGCUCAGCACCACGACCACUGUGACCAUCAUCGUGGGGGACACGAACGACAGCCCCCCAGAGUUCACCUCCCCCAAGUACGAGGGGACGGUGCGAGAGAACGAGCUGGUGGCCCGGGCGGUCGUGUUGGACGUUCGAGAUGCGGACGCUCCGGGCUUGCCAGCGUGGCGCGCCGUCUACACCGUCACUCGCGGCAACGAGGCGGGGCACUUCGCCAUUGCCACCGAUGCCAAAACCAACCAGGGCGUGUUGUCCGUCGUCAAGCCACUGAACUUUGAAGCAAUAACACCGGCUGACAAGACAGUCCCUCUCGUGGUGACGGUGGCCAGCGAGGAGCCGCUCCAGCCCGGCGUAGUCGCAUCAUCGUCGUCCACAGCCACGGUGCUCGUGCACGUCACGGACGUCAACGAGGACGCGGCUUUCGUUCCGCCGGUGCGCGUGGUGCAGUGCGACGAGGGGGCGCCGCUGGGAUCGCCGCUCGGAGUCUUCUCCGUACAGGACCCCGACACUGGGACACCGCACAACUUUAUCUAUAAGAUUGUGUCAGACAAGGCCGGCUGGCUGGAGAUUGACCCACGCACAGGAGCGCUCAGCUUGGCUGGAAAUGUGGACUAUGAAGACCCCGAGUACAACCGCAAUGGGCAGUACAACGUGACCGUCAUUGCCAUCGAUCCAGGUCACCCGGACUUCACCUGCACGGGAACGGUGGUUCUGAACAUCGUGGACGUCAACGACCAUGCUCCCAAGCUCGCAGGGCCUCUAUUUGCCACAGGGGCCUCAACGCCACACCUCUGCCUGGCCAGCCCUUCUGAGGGUCUUCCCCUCAUGGCCAUCGAUGCUGACUCGCCUGCUCAUGGGCCCCCUUUCAUCUUCCAAUUGGUCAACAAGCCUCCCGGCAUCGACGAGCUGUGGGAGGUCGUGACUCUGAAUGCCACGAACGCGCGAUUGCAGGCACGUGGGACCCCCUCAGGCAGGGCCCCCCUGCCCGGGGUGCACCAGCUCUCGGUGCUGGUGACGGACCGGGACGGACUCGGGGAGGCAACACAAAUCACCGUGCGUGCGUGCCACUGCUUGGGCCUACUCAAGGGCUCGGGUUGCGUGACCCCCGCUGGGUCAGUGGGCCUCGGAUUCGACGGCGCGGCCGCCAUUGUGUUCCCGAUCCUCACCCUGCUACUGCUCGGAGUUCUCUACUGCUGCUUCUGCCGGCAGCCGCGACCAGCACUGAAGAUCCCCGAUGUCUGGGCUGAGUCGCUCGGCCAGUACAACCAGGAGGGCGGUGGUCAGGAGGCAACGACUCUUUCAUCGCUGGUUAAUAAUCCCGACCGUGAUGCACCCUUCACCAAACACGGUGGACUGUCCAGCCCCUAACAUCGCCCUGCUGCACAAGCCUGCAACGGCCCUGAGUCGUGAAGAUUCCAUGGGUAACAGCUGUCAUCGGCAACCGUAAACGGAACCAAGUGACUUCUAUACUUCCGCCGUUCGACUGUCUCCCAAUCCAAUCCCAGAACAAUUUAACGAUCGCUCUCACCGACUUUUAAGAUCCUCCACGAACUCACCCCCGUCUACAUCUUCCCCUCUUGUAUUGCUCGACUCCCCUCUACGCACUCUUCUACCUCCCAUCAUCCCAUCUAGUGACGUGUCCUAGCCACUUUUAUCAAUGGUUUAAGUUUAUCCGUUGAACCAGGUGAGAACGCGUAAGACCAAGAUGGUCCCUUGUGCAAGAGCGACUUAUUUGAAUCUUGCCAUUAACUUCCGUACCUAAUGUAAUACACCGUGCAAUUUCUGUGCACUUGAUGAAUUGCAAGCCUAUCGAGCACUAUCGUUUGCAUUACUUUCGACAGCAUUGCAGUCACGCUCCAUACGUGUACGCGUGUUGCUGUGUGCAUGUGCAAUAUGCGUGUAUGCGCGAGUCAACGUACGUACGUGUUUGCAUGUUGCGUGUGCAUGUGGGGAGCGGUAGUGUAGUGGUUAACGCACUGCACUAUGAACCCCCGGCGAGUGAGGUUGAUUCCUGCUCACAGACCAAAUAUCACUGAUGAAUAUCUGAACUGGUUAUGGGCCUCCACUAGAUCAAAUCACCAUUUAAUCUGUACCUGGUGUAGUGUGCAAACGUCACAUGGCCAUGUUUGGUACAAUCCACACCACCCCCACGUGUCGUAUGCUGGUCAUCGUAGGUGCCCCCUAACAGCUUUAGCUUUUCCCCCCCAACAGACUGUUGAAGACUACAAUGGAAUAUUUGUUUUGUGUGUAUGUACGUAUGCAUGUGUUUCUAUCCUUAUGCGACAGUAUUGCACUCACAUGCAUCGUCCUCAGUGGUAUAGCAUUUCACCUGGAUUUCUUGCAAUCGAUGGAUUCGAAUCUGGUGCAAACCGUGCAAUGUGAUUGCAUCCCCAUUCACUGCAAUGGAAAUGUAUAGUGUACAUUGGCCUUUAUGCAUAAAACAAACACUACGUUUAACAUUAGAAGCUUAAAUAGUCUCUGGCUUGUAUACUGGUAUGGUGGUAGAGUUAAGCAGUGGUAACGCCUGUGCCUCAUAGCAAGAAUAGCGUGGUUUUAAUUCCCAACUCAGGCAUCAUACUAAAAGGAGUUUGUUUAUUCUCCCCCUGUUCAGCAUGAUUUUCCUCCGGUUUACUCCCAUAGCUAAAAAAAAAGAAGUGUAAGCGAUAUUGGCCAAACAUCCAAAUGCUGAAAUAUUACCUGCAUAUUACUCAAUUGGGAUUACAAACAGCAACUUCACCGCCUGCUGUACAUUUGAACUUUUAUGCCGAUUCACAGAUUUAUCUUGAGACUCUGAUUGAUACCAAAGUCGCAGUUUCCGUACUAUCACAUUGUCUUGCCGAGGUCGAGUUGUGGAUGCAACCUAAACUUUCUUAAACUAAUUUGUGAGAAGACAGAUUAAGUCGUUGGGGCUCUCCACAUCGAUUGAAGCAAUUGGCGGGACCCCGGGGUCCCAUCACUGCCCCGGGGUGGGAAAAACCGCGUAGCGACACGAGUUUU